AUGGCUCGUCCAAAAAAAGAAGUUACAAAAGAAAAUAUCGAACGUUUUCAAAGAGAAUUAGAAUUAGCAGGAGAUAAAGUUGAAGUUCUUUUAGUCGAUAAGAAAGGUCGUUCGAAAUCAUGUUUAUUAUGUAGAAGAAGGAAACAGAAAUGUGAUCAUAACUUACCGAGUUGCACUUCUUGUUUAAAAGCCGGUGUGAAAUGUGUUCAACCAGAAAGAUACAUAAAUGCCAAUAAUAACAAUCGUACAUCCAAUGCUGAGAAUUCUCUAGAAACAAAUAAUAUUGUUGUUAUGAAAACUAAACGCAGUAAUGAAAUACUGCAUAAGAAGAAAACAAAAGGAAAGAAAAAAGGAUCUAUUGUGUCCCCUGACGUAUCGGAGAAAGGAAUCAUCAGUAAACCAAAGUCAGAUAAAAAACCCGAUAAGGAUAAAGAUGAGUAUACUAUCUUUUUGGAAAAGAAAUUAAAAUAUCUAGAAAAAUUAAUAGAUAUACCACCGACUAGUGCUUCUUACAAUAAAAAGUUAGCCCAGUAUAAAAAGAUUUCAAAUUUGUUAGGUGAUAUUGGCGAUUUAGAACCGAUUAUACGACAUUUGAUAGACAGAAAUACCAAAUCAAUGAAUAGUCCUAAUGAUGGUAACAAUCAAGUAAACAUCUUAGGUAAAAGAUCACCAACACUCAAUACCGGUUAUCCAUCCACUAUAAACAAUAUGCAUGCAUCAUCACCAUUAACAAACAAUAUGGGAAUGCUUCCACCACUUCCGCAUCAAUCACAACCAAAAUUUACACCUUUAAUGAAAGCAAACUCUAGAAAUUUAGAGAAUGGUUACCAAAGAUCCAUGGGUUCAGAUCACACAAACUUUAGCACUCAUUCAGAAGUCCCUAAUCCAUAUUCAAUGCAAUCUCAGUUUUCCAAUAAUUUUCAUGUAAAUAGCCAUCAAUACAGCAAACCCAAAAUUCCAACUGAACCCAUCAAUUUUUCUAAAUGUUUUUUCUCCAAGUACAAUUUAAAGGAAUUUUAUCUAUACGAUCCUGCAUUUGAUUUUGAUGAAAAAUUAUCAAGAUCUUUUUUAGACAUAUUCUUCACUCGUUUACAAUUCAAAUACCCAUUGUUAGAUGAAAAUGAAAUUUAUCAAUUCCAUGAGUCUUACAUUAACAAUGACAUCUAUUCCAUUCCCGAAGACAAAUUUCACUUCUGUUGCGCAAGAAUGUGGCUAAUAUUUAGUAUCAGUGCAUGUCUUCACAUGACUACCGGCAAAUAUAAAGGUUUACCACCGGGGCGUUAUUUCUCUGCUGCAUUAAGGCAUGUCACAAGAUGUUCUGAUAUUUUAGGUGACGUCCAAAAAAUAGAGCUUUUAACGCUUUUGAUUUUAUAUUUAAUUAGAACAGAUCGGGAUUCUAUGAUUCUAUACCAAAUUAUCAAAGAUGUUAUGGAUCUUUCAAGAAAACUAGAACUCAAUAAAAUGCACCCUGGCGACCAACUUAUCAAGGAAAAAUUUCGUUUAUUUUGGUGUGUUUAUUUGUUAGAGAGAAUGAUUUGUGUCGCCGUUGGUUGUCCUUUUACAAUUUCUGAAAGAGAAAUUGAUCUACCAUUAUUCGAUGAGGAGACAUUUAAUACUAGUUCUGUAUCUUCGGCAACGGGCAAAUCCAACGGUGUUCAUUUUAUCAAUCAAACAUUAAUUUUGAAAAGAUUGGAAUCGAGAUUCGUUGAACAUCUUAAAAUAAUACCCCAAAGCAAUUUAUCAAAAGAAGAUUUGUCUAAACAAUUGCCUUUAGUUAAAAAAUAUUUCCAUGAUUUAGAACUAUGGAGAGCAAGUUGCUCAAGAGAUGACGUUAGAAACUUUGAAAACGAAACUCUUAAAUUGUAUUAUUAUAGAUCAGUAAGACUUCUAACCCAACCUUAUCUGGAAAUAUUGAAACCCGAAGAUAGGCUGUUUAGAGAGUGUCAAGCAGCUGCUGGCCAAAUUUGUCAGCUAUACAAGAUUUUCCAUCAAAAGACAGUCUACGGCCAUUCAACACCAGCUGUUCACACUGUAUUUGUGGCUGGUGUUACUUUAAUUUAUUGUAUGUGGUUAGCAAGAAACCUUGAUGAUGAAAGAAGAAGAAUGUUAGGUGAUGGCUCAAAACAUACAAGACCUUUAGUAAGCGCGAGCUUAUUCUCUAUUAUGGAUGAUCUUCGUGCUUGUUCAAUAUCCCUUUACGUAAUGACAGAGCGGUCAAUAUUUGCAAGAACAUUUAGAGAUACUUUUGAUCAAUUGAUGAACGCAACUAUUGGUAAUUUAAUUGAACGUUGUGGUCCUGAUUCUUCUGAAUUAAUAUAUAUAUCUUCAGGUGAUCAUAGUGUUUUAUUAGCAAAUGACGAAAACGGACAAACCAAGAGGAUUGAGAAUAUUGGAUCUAAUUCAAUUUAUUUUUCAUCAACUAAAAUCUCUAAAUCAACUGAGCCUGGCUUACCUACCGAACUGAACAACAGCAAUGACGAGGAUAACAAUGAAUCCUUUUCCAAUAGCUUUAAGCAAAAGAAGAAUGGUUUACCGCCUGCUAUAGACAGACGAUUUGGACGCCGAAAUAUCGAAGAAUUUAUUGGCAUGGCUGAAGGUACUCCUGUUGAUGCUGAAACUGAGAAAGAAUCCAAGAAAAAGCAGACAGUUUUAGAGAAAAAUUCAAUUCCAAAAGGUUUAUCUCAUUUAUUGGAUCAUACUUCGACUGCUGCCACUGAGCCAGAAGUUGCAGCAUCUGCUGGAGUUGAAGCUAACACAAAUACAAGAACCUCCUCUAUAGGAGAAGACACUCAACAGUUUAUUGUCAAGAAGCCAAUCGGUAAGUCUGACCUUGAUUGGCAAUCUAAGUUUGAAAAACAAGCCUUUUUACAGCAAAAAUUUGCUCAAGAAAAUUUAAAAGUUUAUUUAUCGACUCUAAAUCAUCCUAGUAUGACUAUUGAUACCAUUAAUGGUGGGCCAAAUUUACCUGGAAUAAAUACAAAGUUCUCAAAUGACAACUCGAUGCUAAUUUCAAAUGCAGCAGCUGGUAGCGGUAACACCAGCCAUACCCCCAGUAACCAACUGAAUCAAGCUACACUUGUCUCGGGUAAAACGACUCCUGCUUCUUUUCAAAAUGUGGAUUCUCAAAAUGGCAUAUUCAACCAUGCUAGUCCAACCAACAGUAUUUCAUCUCAAGUGUCUUAUAAUAAAAACAUCAAUUAUUCACAAUUAAAUGGAGCUCUACCGAAUAUGGAAAACUCUUACAUAGGAGGUUCACAAGUUAGAGGUAAUAGCAACCUAUAUUCAUCUAGGAAGGUUGGCCAAGCAUUGACUCCAAUUGCUAUAACUGAUAAUAUUUUAACCUCUGGUGAUAUAUUAUUCAAGAGUGGUACACAUGAUAUGAUAAAUAAUAUUUCCACCUGGACUAGUAAUUCCGUCAUUAAUGUAAUCAACAAAGAAAAGGUUUCUUAUGACGAGAAUCUUGCUCUAUCGAAAGAGAGAAGUAAAACAGAGAAAGAUCAAAUCUUUAAUACAGGUUUAGAAUCCCAAGGACCUGUUUCAAACCCUAUGGCUGUAUCACUAAACUCGAGUAAUAUCAGCAAUAAUGAUAAUGCCAAUAACAAUGGCAUUCUAGAAAACCAAAUUAUUCAACCAGCUAUGGGAGAUAAUUUAAAUAAUACUGCUAGGAACAACGCCGUCGAUGUUAAAGUGGAAAGCAAUACAGUUCAUAAAUCAAACUGGAAUUCUAACACGUUAGCUCCUGUUGAAGAAUUUUGGACAGUCAAUUACGAUUACGGAUUUUUGACAUAG